AACCAGCCACUUUCAGCUGGGAGCUGGAUAGACGCCCCAGGGGACACUGAGACUGGGACCCUAAUCCUUCAGCAGCUAUGGGAGUCCAUCUGGAGGUUCUGGACACAGGAGAGCAGCUGAUGGUCCCUGUGGAUGUCUUGGAAGAGGAAAACAAGGGGGCCCUGUGGAAGUUUCUGCUCUCUGGAGCCAUGGCUGGGGCAGUAUCUCGCACAGGGACAGCACCUCUGGACAGAGCCAGGGUGUACAUGCAGGUGUACUCGUCCAAGAGUAACUUCAAGAACCUGCUCAGUGGAUUGCGGAGCCUGGUCCAGGAGGGCGGCAUCCGCUCACUCUGGCGGGGCAAUGGCAUAAACGUGCUCAAGAUCGCCCCGGAGUACGCGAUCAAGUUCUCUGUCUUUGAGCAGUUUAAGAAUUUCUUCUGCGGUGUGCACACAUCCCCGCUCUUCCAGGAACGGGUGGUCGCAGGCUCCCUGGCUGUGGCCAUCUCCCAGACACUCAUCAACCCCAUGGAGGUACUCAAGACUCGGCUGACCCUUCGUUUCACUGGCCAGUAUAAAGGGCUUCUGGACUGUGCCAGGCAGAUCUUGGAACGGGAUGGCACCCGAGCCCUAUACAGAGGCUACCUGCCCAACAUGUUGGGCAUCAUACCCUAUGCUUGCACUGACCUGGCUGUUUAUGAGCUCCUCCGGUGCCUGUGGCAGAAGUCGGGCAGGGACACGAAGGAUCCCAGUGGCCUUCUCAGCUUGUCAUCUGUAACACUGUCCACGACCUGUGGCCAGAUGGCCAGCUACCCACUCACUUUGGUGCGCACACGGAUGCAGGCCCAGGACACUGUGGAAGGCUCCAACCCCACCAUGUUGGGAGUCUUCAAGAGGAUACUGAGCCAGCAGGGCUGGCCGGGGCUGUACAGAGGCAUGACACCCACAUUACUGAAGGUGUUGCCAGCAGGCGGCAUCAGCUACCUGGUGUAUGAAGCCAUGAAGCAAACCCUGGGUGUACAAGUCCUGAGCAGAUGACCUGCCCUGAACAAGAAGAGAAUGGAAGACCUAGCGUCCCUAAGUCUCAAAAGCACUCCAAGGCUCAGGCCGUAAGGCCAUUUAGGUUUGCAAAAACCAACCAGGACUAGAGUUAGAAAAGUGCUGAGAGUCCUCCAGUUGGGAUUCUGAGUUGGGAUUCCCAGCCUGGUUUUUGCAGGCUUGUCCAAGAGAAAAUGCAGACAACGAAUAAAGAUAGUUUUGGA